AUUUAGCAUUUAGAAUUUUUUUCCCAAGGCUGAAAAACUCUGACCGAGUCCGAGAGGCAUCAUGGCGACACUGGAUUCCGACGUGACCGUGUUUCCGGCCGGCGAAGCCUCCAGCAGCGCCGGUCCUUCUUCGUCCACCAAGAAGCCGAAGCGUUUCGAGAUCAAGAAGUGGAAUGCGGUUUCCCUCUGGGCUUGGGAUAUUGUCGUGGAUAAUUGCGCUAUUUGUCGGAACCAUAUCAUGGAUCUCUGUAUUGAGUGCCAGGCCAACCAGGCUAGCGCCACUAGCGAGGAAUGCACUGUAGCUUGGGGAGUUUGUAACCAUGCUUUUCACUUCCAUUGCAUAAGCCGAUGGCUCAAGACCCGUCAAGUAUGUCCUCUAGUGUUUUGUUUUUUUGGUGGUAUAGAUAAUAGCGAGUGGGAAUUUCAGAAAUACGGUCACUAGAACUUUGAUGCGGCUGAGCUACUUCCAACUUGGACAUUUGGAUUGUAGCAUUUCUAUCAAAUUUAUAGCUCUACAUAACUGCUGAUAAAAAAAAAAAAUAGCUCUACAUUACUUGUUGUCUUUUGCUUGCCUAUUGGAAUUUUAUUCAGAAGAGUCACUUCUAAAUGCUUUCGAUCCACAUCAUUAUUUCUAACUGUGGCAAAUACGGUGGUGUUAAUUCACUCAAUGACAAAAGAUUUAUGGAAUAUUAUAGCAUGCAAAUAA